UCCUCCUUCCUCUGCUUUAUUUCUUUCUCACUUCCUUGGAGUUGUUAGGCUACACCACGUUACGAACUUCCCUGUUUUACGGUGCACUGAAUACAAGAGCAUCUCUUUAAAGAUCUAUUAAUCCUUGAAAAAUCAUGAGGGUGGUCAUACAACGAGUGCAUCAGGCAUCUGUCACAGUGGGGGAGGAAGUGAUCAGCUCUAUUGGCCGAGGACUGUGUGUUCUAGUGGGCAUCCAUAAGAAUGAUACGCAAGCAGAUGUUGAUUUCAUAGUUAGGAAGAUUCUCAACACCAGACUGUUUGAAGAUGGAAAUGGAAAACGGUGGCAGCUGGGCGUUAAGGAUGCUGGUCUAGAGGUCCUCACUGUGUCUCAGUUUACUUUAUACUGUGAAUUAAAGGGGAAUAAACCGGAUUAUCGCCACGCUAUGAGUGGUGAGGCGGCACAACAGUUUUAUGAAAAUUUUGUUGCUCGGCUACAGACACAAUACAAAAGUGACAGGAUAUUUGAUGGAAAGUUUGGAGCAAUGAUGCAAGUUACAAUUCAAAAUGAUGGACCUGUUACUAUCAACAUUGAUUCUCCUCAAAGAAAAACAGAUCAACCAGUUGAUAAUACACAGGGUUAAGUUUAUGAAAGCACGAUUAAAAAGUGAGAACUA